AUGGAGGCGCCGGAGCCCCAGGAGCAGCACCAGGAGGAGGAGGAGGCUGAGCCGGCACACGCGGCGGCACUGGCGCUCUGGCAGUCGGGCCUGGCCCGCCUCGUCCGGGACCCGCUGCUCUGCGACCUCCCUGCGCAGGUGACGGCGGAGGAGAUCAGCUCGCAGGUGGCGCUGGAGUACGGCCAGGCGAUGACGGUGCGCGUGCGCAGAGCCGACGCCCCCGAGGCCCCGCUGCCGGUGGUGGUGGUGCAGAACGCGAGCGUGGCGGAGCUGAAGAAGGCCAUCCAGCGGUUCGUGCAGCUGCGGCAGGAGCGCGAGGGCGGCGUCCAGCACCUCGGAUGGAGGUACGUGUGGCGGACGUAUUGCUUGGUCUUCGGAGGAGAGAAGCUGACUGACGACAGGAAGAAGCUGAGGGAGUACGGCAUCCGGAACCGGGAUGAAGUCACCUUCGUGAAGAAGCUCCGGAAAUGAAGGACAAGCCCCAAACAGCCCAGAGAGAGAGGGAGUCUGGAGCCUCUGGCUUGGCUGCCGCCGGAGGGAAGCUGGCCUUUGCGGAAGGCUCCCUGGCCCUUCCCUGGGGGCAGCCAUGGAGGCACAGCCCUCCUGCAAGCUGACCAGAGCCCUGCUGCCUGUCUCUGUCUCUGAGUGGGAAGAGGCCCUCCUUUGGGAGCCACACACAGAGGCCUGCUCUGGAGGACACAGGUCACCGGGGGAGAGGGAGCAGGAGGAUGGCUGGCUGCCUUGGGCCAGAACAGGCCUCCAGGGGCCUUUGCAAUAAAGCAUGGUCUUUAAGCAGGGGCCUGGUAGCGACUCAAGGAGCUUUCUGAAAACCCAGCCAAGAGCCAAGCUCCAACUGCCAGGAGCAGCUUUUCCUGAGGGCCUGCGCUGCCAUUCCUAUGGAUCAGCCCUAGAUCAGGGUCUUGGCCCCAGAGGCAGCGGUGCGUUUGGGGCCCAUUUGUCAACAGUAAGAGUCAGAGUCACUCAAGAGGUUUGUAAACGUAGCUAAAACGCUACUUUGUGUAUUUAAUCGCCACCUGGGCAACAAGUAAUAAAUCUCAUUAAAAAGGC